GUCGUACAAAGACACCUGGUUGCCAUCUGGAUCACUGUGAGAUGCCAGGUACUGGAAGUCAGCCAUUCCUGAAGAAUCAAGAUCAAGAAUGUAGAAAGAUGAUGCGCAGAUCGAGAAUUAGCGUCCGCCCCAAUGUGAAGCCCACAGGCCGAGCUCCGGUAGCUUCUCAAGAUAAUGUUCAGCUUCCCCAGGGUCUUGCUGACUCUGCUCCUUCUGAGGGGUCAGAGGUCAUGGCUGAGAAGUUGAAGACUGACCCACCUAUAGCAUUGGGGCGGAGUAAUGAGGAAGCCUCUCAGAGCAGCAGCUCUAAUAACCAGUUGGAGGCCAUUAGCCAUGGAGCGGAUGUAGCAUCUAAAAGUUCUGAUGCCCAGGAUUCAGCAAGCACCUCUGUGACUUCUGGCCCUCAGAGGAGGAAACGCUUCACAGCUCUGCCCAACUUAGCCAAACCACGAGCUUCCCCAGCCUCCUCUAGGACUCCUAAAUCACCAUCCAAGUCCCCUGUAAAACCAGUAACACCCAGUGAGACUGAAACAUCAACCCCCACUGCAGAGACAUCCCUUCAGAUACUUGAGCCUGGCCACAACUCCAGCGCUCCUGGAAGACGGAGACCUCCUGGAGGGGGCAGACAGGCCAAAGCACAGCCCAUCCCUGAAGCCCCACUGCGGAAUGACCAAGAGACAGAGACUCAAGAGGAUGGGGGAUUGGAAGACACUGUUGUACCGUUGAGCGUCCAGCAAGGGGAGUCCCAACGUCCCCUUAGAACUUCCAAACCUGAUACUAUUUUGGUUCAUGAAAACCCUCCAGAGUGUCCGGUUCCUCCUGCUGUGGAAGACAUGGUCGCACAGCAGGAGAGUGUUUCUGAGCCACCUCUGGGACAAAGCCAAACUGAUCUGUUAAGAGAAAGACUUAAAAAACUUCAGUCGCCAUUGAAAAUUCUCAAAUCGUUAAAAACUCUGAACGACCCGGCAGACAUGGUCAGGUUAGCUCAGGCACGGAAACUUCGGGAGCUUCUUAAAAAAGAAAUGAACAAAAACAAGGAAGACAAGAAGAAACCAAAGUUGGGAAUCAAAGAACGCAAGGCACCUAAAGAUCACACCAAAAUGACCAUGAGAGAGCUGCUCUAUUACCUGCCCGUUUCCAACCCAAUGAAGUCUUUCACUGAUGAAGAGCAAAAAGCAUCAGAGACAGAAUUAGAUGACUCUCCUACACCAACUUCUUCUAAGACUCCAGCUGUUCCAUCAGUUCAGGAGACGGUGGCAGAAGAUGCCGGUAAUGAGGAAGACGAGGAGAGAGUGGACGAAACUCAGCCGGAGGAGGAAGAACCUAUGGUAGUUCCCAGGGUGAAGGUGGCGGAGGAUGGCUCUCUGAUUAUAGACGAGGAGAGUUUAACAGUCCAGGUGUCAAGGGCAAAAGGACCCAAUCCGGCAGAAGACAGAGAUCCCAUAUUUGAACGUGGUUCUACCACCACUUACUCCAGCUUUAGGAAGGGCACCUACACCAAACCCUGGUCAAGUGGAGAGACUGAAUUGUUUUUCUUGGCCAUCAGCAUGGUGGGGACGGACUUCUCCAUGAUUGGUCAGCUGUUUCCACACAGAUGUCGAUUGGAGAUUAAGAACAAGUUCAAGAAAGAGGAGAGAUAUAACUCAUGGAGAAUAGAUAAAGCUUUCAAGGAGAAGCGACGUCUGGAUCUAGAUUUCUUUAAAAAAUUAAUGGAGCAGGUCCUAAAAGACGAGGAAAAUAAGAAAAAUAAAAACAAAGAGCUCAUCAAGUUGGCUAAAGCACAGAGUAGAGUCCAAAGGAAAGUGAGAGCGAAAAGAAAAAGAAAGGAAAUGGACACUUCAGAGGAUUCGGACAGUGAUGUGGUUGCAGGAGAAAAGGAGAAUGAGGACCUCUCAAAUGAUGGAGGAAGUGAUACCACUUCAAAGAAACACAGGGGAAGAGGGGCAAAUACUCCACAGAGGAGAAUCAAGAGGACAAACGGAGAGGCAAUAGAUGAACCCGAGGACUGUGAAAAUGCCACUUCUGAUGCUCAGUCACAAGAUGACAGCAGGUUAAGGGAAUCUGAUUCUUCAGAGAAUAUAAACAAGAGUCCUGCUAUUAAACCAGCUCAGCUCAAGGGUCGAUCCCAGAGACCGAUCCAGAACUUUAGCCGAAGAUGGGGAAACAGGCGCCCUGAGCCCAAAAGCAAUAUCCGGGAGGGCGGGACCUCAGUCACGGGGGAGGGUGAAACGGACAGGUCCACCAAGGUGCCUUCAGACUUGAUACAAGAGGGGAAGAAAAGGCUGUCAAAGGUUUUUCUUGAAUUGGAAGAUUUAGAGGAAGAACCUGACCUUAGUUCUGUACAUGAACAGAUAUUUAAUAAACCAACCAGGUCAGGAAGGAUCCCUAAGCUCUCUCUGCAUGUGAUGCAGGCAGCGGCAGAGGAAGAGGAAGAUGAGGAAGAGCUCUCUGAACCACCUGUGUCUUCCAAAACUUGUAAUCAGGGCAUCAAGGCACCCGGCCGGAGGGCUAAAUUAAAACCAGGCCCCACAUUGAAACAGGGCAUGCACAGGAGAGGGAAAUCUAGACUGGUGACCUUACUGGCCUCUGGAGCUGAAGAUGAUGAUGAAGAGGACGAUGACGUAGAAGAUUGUGUCCUGAGCCAGGAGGACUUUCCUUCAUACCCUGAAGAGGAAAACCAGGCAUUUGUGCCAAUGAGUCUACGCCCUCUACUGCCCGUUAAUUCAGAGGUGGUAGAAACAAUGGAAGAGCUGGACAUUUCUGUGAAUGUGCCUGAUAUCCUGGGCACAUCCCAGAAUGCUUUGUGCCCCGAGAUUUCAUAUGAGCAGGCGGCGUUGCCCGCUGGUCCUGUUACUUAUGAACACCAGUUGGACCUGCUUGCUGAUGUCAUUGAGUUUCUUGACCCAGACCACAUGGAAGUAUGUAAGGAGAUCAACAAUGAAGCUGCCCAGACUCUUCUGACCAUCGGGAACUCGCCUCAGAUGACCCAGACAUCCGAAAUACCCUGUACAGGUGAAAAUGAUAUUCUUGGACAGUCAAGCAUUGUACAUGAAGAGGUGGUCCAUGAAGAAGUUAUCACAGAAACAGCCAUCAUGUCCGGUCCUUCUGUAAGUUGCGAGUCAGAGUUGAAAGAUGAUGUUGAAUUUUCGACCUGUGAAACUCAUAUUCCAGAACUUUCUGCUGAAGAAACAAAAGAGGAGCCAAUCAAAUCACAGACAACUGAUGCUCAUCUUGGUCCCAUUCAGCAUGAGACACAGGAUUUGUCUUGUUCCAAUAGUGUUCCACCGCCUAAAAUAGGCCGUUUCUCCAAACCCAAACCCAAUAUUAGUCAAGGUCUGAGAACCAGACGAGCUCCACAACAGCAAAUCUAUCCAGAACUUGUUACAGAUUCUGUGGAGAGCUCUAAGGGUCCAUCUGUCACGGAAAAGGAUACAAAUGCAACACAACCCAUGCAAGAAGAUUCAGUUCCUGUGGUUCCUACUUACCCUGAGGUACUACAGCUAGAAAAAUCAUCUGAAAUAAGAGAAGACAGUCUCAAUGUUGUUCCUGAAAGAGUGACUGAAGAAGAUAAUGGAUCCGUGUCAUCUCUGAAGAGAAAGAAUGAUGAUAUAAUCACAGAGGAAAAAAUAAAAGAACAAGAAGAGGCGGGAGAACCACAACUGACUAAUAGUGUGAGUGAGUCUAAGAGCACAUCAGAUGAGCCUGCUAAACCUGUCAGGAGGUCCCGCGGACCCAAACCUAAACCCAACCUGACUCACACACGAACACAGACACAACACAAAACAGUUAUAAAUGAGAAACUGCCUGCUGCCGAGUCUUCCACGAGCACUUUCACUAAAAGUCCUGAAGAGGGUGCUGUAGUUACCACAGAAUCUGAUGUUUCCCAAAGUGCAUCACAAGAGGUUGCAUCGAUCACUGAAUCAGCACAGGCAGUCAAAGAUGUCACACCAGUUGUUUCUGAAGAUGAGUCCAGGAAGAAAACUGUGGUCAUGUUGGAUGAGAACAAAAAGACCAGUCCAGUAAAAGUUUUUGAAGACAGCACUGUGAAGCGUUUUGGAUGUGAAUCCGAAGAGAUAUCUGCUGAACCCACUCCUGAGGAACCUUUGUUUAUACUUUCUCUCACUGAAAUCCCACCCACUUUAGAUGAGGGGGCGGGCUUUAGGACAGAGCCCCUCCCACCGACAGCGGCGUCUGAGCUGCAUUCUCAUGGUCAAAGUGCUAAUGAGAGCAGGGAGGUAUCUCACCUUCUGAUCACAGAUGCUUUAGUUCCUGUGUCAGAGGAUGAGGAAAAGAAAAGUGGAGAGGGGGAUGUGGACAAAUGGAGGAAAGGAGGAUUGAAACGCAAGACACCAGCCUCAGCAUCUCAGGGGAGUACCGAAGGUGAGAGUCAGGCAGAACAUCACGUAGUGGAAUUAUUGGGAAGCCCUGUGGCAGAGGGGACUAAAGAUGAGAAGGAACAUCUGGAGAAGAAGAGAAAACUACCUGAGAGAACCAGGAGAGCAAAGCUGCAGGUGAAACCCAUCCCCAUUUCAAGGAGAAAUGCUCGAGGUGUGAAUGCUAAAGAGGACACAGCAGCGCUCUCUUUAAAAGAAACUAGCCCAUUACCCAUUUCAACACGAGAGACAAGAUCUGUGCCAGAGCAAACUGUGCCUGCUGCCGUUUCAACAACGGACAACUCAACAUCAGCCUCCAUCUCAGACAGAGAAGCAAACACAGACCUCACUGCGACCAGCGAUAAUUCUCGUUCACCUCAGCGAGAAAAUGAUCCUCAAGAAUCUUUCCAGAAGGGUCCCUCCCAAGGCAUCAUGGGACAGGUGGACCUCCCAGGCAAAGAGACAGUUGAGUUAGCUAGUGAACCAGACUCCCAAAGUGUCAGUCAGAUCACGCCUAUUGCCACGAGUGGGUCACUUACAAGACCUGGCAGAAGACCCAAGGGGUUCCUGUCCUUCAUUUCUUCUAAGAGUACACAAGGACCCCCAGCAGCUCAUCGAGGGGCCAAACCAGGCCCCCAAAAACCAGCAGUCAACACCGCACGACCUGAGAGAAAACGGAUAGCAGCCGGCCCUGUUACCAUGGCAAAAAACCCUGAUGUAAAGGGACCGUCACCAACUUCUGCUUCCACCACUGCAUCUGUCAUUGAGCAGAACUCAGAAGAAGAACCCACCAGUGUCUCCAAGUACUUUUUCAGUGACAUCUUUACUGAAGUUGAUGAGCUAGAAGACCUGGAUUGAGGUUGGAAUAACGAGCCAGGAACAACCAAGCAAGCAGUGCAAAAUAUAGAUUGACAUCAGUAGGGUGUAUAGAUGUGAAUGUGAAGUUUUUACCAAGAAGAACCACAACUGAAGAUAUGCAGUGAAGGCGUACCUCAAUAACUUUCGAAAUAUUAACAAUGUCUUUUAUUUUAUUAUAUUUUUUUCAAGGAUAAAUAAGUACUAAUUCACAUUAUGGUAAAGCAAAUAUGUUUUUGAUACAGUUGCACUCUUCGUGAUGUAAAGUUGAAAUACGACUCAAGUCUUAUUUGAGCCUAACUGUGUAUUAUUUGAUCGUUGGUCUUAACCUUCUGCAUUUUAUUUCCAGUUAUGAAUUGGCAACAUGUUCAUUUCUCUCAGCCAAUUCCUUAACAUCAUUUGGUUAUACUUGUAUUU